CAGACGGAUGGACAGAUGAAUGAACAAACAGUCAUUGGAGAAAUGAAGCUGUGACAGGAUGAACGGACACCUGCCAACCAAUCAAAGUGGCGGCAGCAACAACACCUCCGAGUUGGCGAAGUGUUUCCAUAACGAUGAUGCGUUCAAGUACCGCGCCUACACCUUCACCUACCUGCUGCUGUUUCCUGUGGCGUUUCUCUGCAACAUUGGAGCGCUGGCCGUCUUUUUCCUGCAGCGCAGCCGCAGAAACUCCGCCUCCUGUGUGGUCAUGAUGAACCUCGCCUUAUCAGACGGCAGCUUCUCUCUCACCCUCCCACUGCGAUUGGCGUAUUACUUCAGGGGUGGGGUGUGGGACUUCCCUGAUUGGCUGUGCCGACUGUUCGUCUACGGCUUCUACGUCAACCUGUACACGAGCAUCCUCUUCCUCACUCUGCUGAGCGUGCUCCGUUGGCUCGCUGUGUCCCAGCCCCUGCGUCACCGCGUUCUAGCCACGCCCACUCGGAUCUUGUUUGUGUGUUUGGGAGUCUGGGUGUUUGUGGGCUUGGCCUCCGCCCCCUUCCUGUCCAAUGGGGUGACAAACAGGGCGGGGUUUCCUCGUUGCUUUGAGCCAUCUAACCCCUCCUCUUGGGGGCGUCUCCUGGUCCUAAACUACGUGGCGCUGACUUUCGGCUUCCUCCUGCCUUUCCUAACGAUCAUCAUUUGCUACAGCAAACUCGUCAAACGCCUGAGAGCCCGCUCCAACCUCCACGGCAGCAGUCUGUCCAGAAGCCAUCGUUGUCGCAACAAACAACGCUCCGUGUACCUGGUCACCAUGGUGACGGCGACCUUCCUGCUCUGCUUCCUGCCAUAUCACGUGAUUCGAUCUCUGCACCUGCACGCCGUGUGUAACAGUUGGAAGUGUGACGUCAUUGUGGCGCUGCAGCGUGCAGUGGUGGUGACGCUGUGUCUGGCGGCGUCCAACAGCGUGGUGAACCCACUGCUGUAUUACUACUCCACCAGGAAGUUCAGAGACAACAUGAGGGACGCUCAAUCCUCUCUGUCCAGCAAGGGGGAGUCCUUCAAGUCGGGACUGGCUAUGAUAAGGAGAAGAAGCACCGCCUGAGAGACCUGAGUCAGCUCUGCUGUCAAAAAACUUCCUCCUUACUUUAUAAAAUCUUCUGCUUCAUGUCAAUGAAAACACCACGAAGAGGGUAUUUAAAUCGGUGGGGCAGCACUUUUAUUUUAUUUAUUUUAGUGAAAAUAAAUAUUUAUAGCAUUCUUCUACAAGUAAAGGAAUUACUUUUCCUACUUUCAAUAGAAGAAAAUAAAGUGAAGCACAAAACUGAAAUCUCUGGCAGCUCUGCAGACUGUGGUCAUUCAGGAGGGUCCAAGAGUCUGUGAGGAGGUUCAUGUGUUGUUGAGAAGGGAACGGAUGUCACUGGGCAGGAUAGUGGAGUCAAUGGAGUCCAUACUCUUUUCU